CGAGAGUAGGAGCAAGACUUAAUUUUGUUUUGUCAAAUCAAUUAUAAAAAAAAACUGAUUGACCGCCAUCGUUUUUGCUGUCUCUUCAAAUAGCAGAGAAUUAAAAUUCCUCUUUUAGUAAUCAAAAAAACAUAAAUAAAAACACGAAAGGUAAUCAGAAUUGUCGUUUUCUGAAAAAUAAAAACCAAGAUGGUUGACGCAGCAAGGCAAAUGCUUGAUGAGCUCAUGGGACGAAAUCGUAACUUGGGUCCUACAGAAAAAGGCAGAAAAGUUAACUGGGAUGAUCCGGAUUUCUGCCAGUAUUUUCUGGUGAAAUUCUGUCCGCAUGAUUUGUUUGUGAACACUCGGGCUGACUUGGGUCCAUGUCCACGAUUGCACGACGAGGAGGCAAAGAAAAUGUAUGAAAACGCACGUCCUGGUGCUCGAAAGAGGCAAUUCGAAGAUGACUUUUUACGUUUUUGCAAUAACAUGUUAAACGAAGUGGAUCGAAAGAUUCAAAAAGGGCGCCAGCGACUGCUUCUAAUGAACAAAACAGAAAAUGGCAUGCCAGCAGCACCUGUCUACAUAUCAAAAUACCAAGAACAGUUGAAUAAUUUGAAUGCACGUAUCAAGAAACUUCUAUCGGAGGCAGAGGAAGCAGGUCAUAGAGGAGAUGUUGACCAGGCACAAGAUUUAAUGACACUAUGUGAACAGUUGAAAGAUGAAAAGGAGGCUUUAAUAGCACAGCACGAUCAAAAUAAUGUAAAUCCAGUGAUUGCAAAGACUGCAGAAGCCGGCGAAGACGGGACGUCAGUGUCGCAACCACCAACUACAGAAAAAAAAUUGCCCCCUUGGAUGCUGGAUCUGAAUGGUAUUCCGGAGAAACAAAUGGAAGUUUGCGAAGUUUGUGGGGCUUUUCUAAUUGUGGGCGACGCUCAACAGCGAAUCGAAGACCAUUUAAUGGGUAAGCAACAUCUGGGUUAUUCGAAGCUGCGAAACGCUGUGGAAGAAAUGCACGAGAAGCGACAGAAGGAACGUGAAGAAGAGGAAAAACGUCGCGAGGAAGAACGCAAAGUGCGAGGAGAUGCCGAGUUUAAUCGGGACCGCCGUGGAGGCGGGGAUCGUAGGAGGGACUUUCGUGACAGGAGAGGCUAUUCCCGAGAACGAGGCGGUGGUCACCGCGAUCGUUACCCAGAUCGUAGACGCGAUGACAGAUAUUCUUCCAAAUCACACAGACGAUCGCGAUCUCGAAGUCCCAGUCGUCACAGUCACAGCCACAGUCACAGUCAUAGUCACAGUAAUAGUCACAGUCGCACAAGUCGCAGCCGUAGUAGGAGCCACAGUAGUCGCAAGUAAAUUUUGCAGGAAUAUUCUACCAACCAGUAGUAUCCCUAUGUGCUUCUGUUUCAACAAUCAUCUCUCCAAAGACGUACCCCUUAAAACAUCAAACGAGGUACCCCAAAACAAAAAAUAAACAAAUUUAACGAAAAACUGUUUACAGUUACUUAUCCAAAACCAAUUUCUCGAAGAAAAGCAACCAAGCAAAUAACCAAUGCCGGGCGGCCCCACACCACACAUCAAUAUCAAACAGGUAAACGAACAAAAUGUUAAUCCCAUAAAACCACACAGCCUCUUAAAAUCAGGACAACAAAGGACUAUAUUUCUACAAAAUUCAAAACCUAACCCGACUCUAUCAACUCUAUAUACAAAAAAGAAAAAUAAUACAUACGCACGGCUAGAAAGGAUCUCAAUAUUAGAUGUAGCUGUACUGCUAGUCCACCACAACAUCCUGAAACUGCAAAAUGAAGGUGAUGCUUGUUUUUUUUUUGUUUGUAAAUGAAUUAUAAAUUUUUCAAUUUUAAAAUUUAGUUUUUUGAUUAAUUAGAAAUAAUUAAAAAAAAUAAAUAAAUAUUAAAUAAAAUGAUUAAAACAUUUCAUCGGUAAAACAAAAAGUGCGGUAGUAAUUGUUUUAAAACAAAGCUAUACCUAUAUUAUUUUAUUUUUAUGAAUCUAAAUUAUCACUUUUAUAAUAAUAAUAAUAACAAUUCAAAAGAAAACAAAUAAAAUAAUAAUCCAAAAUU